AUGGCAUCCCUCUCGUCGACCUUCAGCGACAUGCUGGCCAACCCCACGAGCCAGUUGAGCCUGGCCACCAUCGGCGGCGUCAUCUUCCUGCUCGCGUGGUUCUUGAUGUUCUUCACCGAACUCAGCGCCCUCAAGAAAGCCGGCACUGGUUUCUACCAGUUCUUCCAGUUCGCCUACUCCUGCUUCUUCAAGCCGCACACCGGCGACAAUACCGGCAACCAGCAGGACGCCCUCGAGAGCUUCUACAAGUCCCAGGCCAACAUCUACGAUGCCACCCGCACGAGGCUGCUUCAAGGAAGAGAAGACAUGCUGGCUCUGGUAGCUGCUCAGGUCAAGCACCGCCGUGAGACGGGCCAGAUCCCCAACAAGCCCAUCUGGGUGGACAUUGGAGGCGGAACUGGCUGGAACAUUGAGCAGAUGGGUCAGCAGAUCGAUGUGCCCAACUUCUUCCAUGCCGUCUACCUCGUCGAUCUGAGCACUUCGUUGUGCGAGAUCGCCCGCAAGAGAUUCGAGCGUCUGGGUUGGAAAAACAUCCACGUCAUCUGUGAGGAUGCUAGGACGUUCCGUCUGGCGGAUUACGAGGCUGGUGUUGAGGACGACAAGCGGGACUUCAGCAUCGGUCGCGCGGCCUACGAAGAGGACACACGUGACAGUGUUGGUGCGGAUGUCUUGACCAUGUCCUACAGCCUGAGCAUGAUUCCUGAGUUCCACCCGGCCAUUGACAGCGUAGCCAAUCUCCUGGCGCCAAAUGGUAUCGUCGGUGUGGUCGAUUUCUACGUUCAGAACAAGAUCGAAUUCGCUGGUCGUAACUACACUGGAGGCAGCAUUGACAGGCAUUGCAUGUGGAUCAGCCGUGUUUUCUGGAGAACCUGGUUCGAGUUGGACCGAGUCAACCUCGAAGGCGCCCGUCGUGACUACAUCGAGUACAAGUUCGGUACCAUCAUCAGCACCAACCGAAGAUGCCACCUCAUGGGUUUCCGCAUUCCAUACUACAUUUUUGUUGGAUGCACCAGGACGACGAUCAACCCAAUGCGCCAGCUGGCUACGGUGGAUGCUGAAGUUACGGAGAGCCCAUUCAUCAAAGCCUUGGAUAUUCACGCUCAGAACCUAACUCCACGACGGGCUCGCAGGAGUUCCAGCGCCGAGCGAAGGAGCAAGGCAUAUGAGAGUGCUGUGGUGAACCUUUCCGCGAGCCUGCCUCUCCCAGCUGCGUACUACCAGAACAACAAGACGAGGGUCUACUACGACGAUACCCUGCAGAAGCACCGCCAGUUCAACGACGAGUACAUCUACGCUUUCACAUGGGAAGACUCUCGCAUGGAUUCGCGGCUGUUGAAGAUUACUUCCGAAGAUGUCAUUCUCGCUAUCACUUCUGCUGGCGACAACAUCCUCAGCUACGCCACCGAACGUCCAAAGCGUAUCCACGCGGUCGACUUGAACCCAGCUCAGAACCACCUGCUCGAACUCAAGGUUGCGGCAUUCCGCGGUCUGUCGUACGAGGAUACUUGGAAGCUCUUUGGUGAGGGCAAGCAUGAGGACUUCCACAACUUGCUCCUCAACAAGCUCUCUCCCCAUCUUUCAUCGCACGCUUUCGACUACUGGCUCCAUGUUGGCCCAUCGACUUUCAGCCCACGCGGUAACGGUCUUUACUACACCGGUGGCAGCCGCCAUGCGAUCAGACUCGUUGCAUGGCUCGGCAGCAUGCUCGGCGUACGAAACGACAUGCGCCGACUGUGCUCAGUUGAGACUCUGGCCGAGCAGCGCGAGAUCUGGACGAAGCGUGUUCGUCGCGUGCUCCUUUCUCAGCUCCUCGCCUACUUCGUCGUUGGAUCGGAGAGGUUCUUGUGGAAGGCUCUCGGUGUUCCAGGGGAGCAGAGGGCUAUGAUUGAAGAGGACUUCAAGCUCCAGUUGAGUGGUAAGACCGACCCUGCGAGCGUGGACGAGAAGAGCGGCACUGGUGAGCCUGGUAAUGUCGGUGCCACGAAGAGUGGACAGGCGAUUUGGAACUACGGCGUGCAGACGCUGGAUCCAGUGGCGAACGAGACGCUGUUGAGUGAGGAUAACCAUUACUACCUCGUGUGUCUUUUGGGCCACUACACCCCCCGCUGCCACCCAACCUACCUCCAGCCCAAAUCGCACACCAAACUCUCCACCCCGGGCGCCCUCGACAACCUCCGCAUCCACACCGACGAACUCAGCGAAGUCUUCGCACACAUGCAGCCCUCGUCCCUCACCAUCGCGGUCCUGAUGGACAGCAUGGACUGGUUCACGCCCUCCGGCCCCGAAGCCCCCGCGCAAUGCAAAGCCGUCAACCGCGCGAUGAAACUCGGCGGCAGAGUGUUGAUCAGGAGCAGCGGCUUGAACCCUUGGUAUAUGAAGACGUUCGAGGAGUGUGGGUUUAGCCCCAAGAGGGUUGCGGCGAGAGUGCCGCCCGGGACGUGUACGGAUCGCGUGAAUAUGUAUGCGAGUACGUGGAUUUGUACCAAGGUUGUGGAUUUGGAGGGGGAGGGGAAGGGGGAAAAGGCUUCGUGA